AGGAAAGAGGGCUUGCCGUGAUCUGGACUGAGGCGGAUGAGACCAGAAACCUUUGUUCUGUCUCUCCUUCCGAUGCGAGAAGAAAACAGAGAGCUUGUCCAUGCAUCCAGCAAAAUUACACUCCUAUUUUCUUCAAGCCGAGGGCGACAUCUGGCCGUAUUUUUCCUGCCAUCUGCUAAAUGGAAAUAAAACGUGGAACUGAAAAUGGAAGCGACCGAGAUAAUGAUCUUCCAGUCCGUUAUCUGCGGCUCCUGGCCCCACCCUUGCAGCUUCUGUCGGCUGCAGUGUGGCAAGUUGUGCAGCAGGGACUUGUGGAUCACUAUGGGAUGCUGGAAGAGUUUGUUACCAUGGUGACAGAGCUGGUUCCUGAGCUGAUGAGCUACAGUCAGAGGGCUCAGCUCACCUUGGGACUUCGAGCCAGGCUGGUUCUGGAGCUGUGUCGAGGGGACCACCCAGUGGACAUACAAACUAUUCAGCCACAUCUGGACAGAAUUAAAGCCCCGGUCAGCACUGCCAAAGAUCACCAUAUAACUAUCAACCAGGUGGAAGAGUCUGAAGUGAACUUUGUGGAGCUGGUACAUUCAUUACUGGAUGAUCCCUCUGAAAGAAAAUAUUUUUUCCAGGAAAUCUUCCCUGUGUAUUUUGGACCUAAGUACGAUGCAGCACUCGAGAUGCUGGUGUGGGAGUUCAUAUCAAGAAUGGAAGAGCUGUUGCCUGUUCCAGACUUCACACAGCUGGCAGCUUUGCUCAGAGAUGCUCCGUCAUUCCUCGAUGACUGUUUACAAACCAAUUUCCCACCGGAGGACAUGAAGGCUGUACUUGAACACCACAGAGGCCUCGGCCAUUUUGAGGAAAAAGAUCCAAGAUUGUUACCGAUGGAUGACUGCAUCCUCUCCUCCCUCUCGCUGCCUCCUGGGACCAGACCUGCCAUGGACCAGGCCUCCUGCUCACCUUCCCCCAAAGACUCAACCCCUCCAGAACACAAAGUACUCCUCGGCCCUCCUGUCAACACGAGCAGCCUGGAGAGGCCGAUCAGGAAGAGCUCUGAUCCUAUCAGCCAAAGACUGAGGGAGAUGAGGGAUUCUGGGAGUUGGCCGCUGCAGGUUAGAGGCGGAGACGCUUCUCAGGAGCGGAAAGCACAAAACACAGCUCGGCCACGUGAUGAAACCAUAGACCUCACGAUAUCCAACGAGAUCGCGGACACGGAUUCAGAAGCCAGUGGGAGUAACCAAAGCUCGAGGGCAGCUCUGAGUCUGAGGAAGAGGAAGCUGAGCGGAGGUGUGGAAGUCCCUGCAAAGCAGCCUGCACAGGCAUCAGCUUUCCUGGAUUCCUCAGUGGAUGAUGAGAAUUCAGGUGAAUCUCCUCUAAUCUCCAUAUGGGGAGAAUACACAGACUCUCAGGAACAUUCUUUUCCGCUCGUGAUGGACUCAAAGGUUCCCUGGUCGGAUGAGGAGACGCUCCAUCUGCUUGACAUUUGGGGGAAGGACUCUGUGCAGCGUGCCUUGAAGGGCUGCUUAAAAAACCGUCACAUCUUCACUCAGAUCGCACAGAAGAUGGCAGAGAGGGGCUACAUGAGAACGGUGGAGCAGUGCCAGACAAGGAUCAAACGACUGAAGAAAUGCUUCCGCCAGAGCAAUAAAGGGAGUUCGAGGCUAGAGCAUAAAUUUUAUGCAAAGCUGGAGCAGAUCCUCAGCUCCUCUGCUUCCUCGGCUGUUCCGGAGCUCACAUACAACGUUGAGGAAGUCAUCGAUGAAGACGAGUCCCAAGACGGGGAUGAGGAUUUGAAGUUUCUCGGACAAACAGGCCCACUGGAAAUCGGGACUAGAAGUGUGCCAUGGACAGACUUGGAGACUUUGACCCUGAUCACUAUAUGGGGUGCCGACAAGAUGCAACAGGAGCUGAGAGGAAUGCAUAGAACCGGACACAUAUUUUCCGCCAUAUCCAUGAAAAUGGCCGCCCAGGGCUUCUCCCGAACUCCCGAGCAGUGCCAAACGAGGCUGAAAAGAUUAAAAUCCAACUUCAGGCAGUGCUACCAAAACAACCUGAAAGGACAAGAGCAAGUUAGAUGCAAGUUUUACAACGAACUGGGAAGGAUUUUGGUGAAGGACUUCCAACCAGUACUGGAGCUGGAUGAAAUAUCCGAAGAGGCUCAGGACAGGUGUUUUCCUUCCUACGGUCACCCGGACAUUGAGUCUGCAGUGGGAGCGCAAGAGGACAGAAAGAAAGUGCCAUGGUCUGACAAAGAAACCAUCAUCCUACUGGAGAUCUGGGGAGACCAGCAGGUCCAGCAGUGCCUCAGACGCUACCCGCACAACGGUCACAUCUUCACAGAAAUAUCAGACAAACUCAGUGCCAACGGCUACUCCCGCAGCCCAGAGCAGUGUCACACCAGGGUCAAACGUCUGAAAGCUAACUAUCGCCAGUGUAAAGAAAACAUGAGCUCAUCCGGGACAGACCGAGUGGACUUUAAAUUCUAUGAUCUGAUGGAGCAAAUUCUGGAUAAACAGCCGUCAACAUCAUCCACAAUGAUGGCAGAUUCCAUAGAAAUAUCAGAAGACUCCAACGGAGAAUCAGUAACUGAAAGAGACGAAGAAAGCAACGUAUCAGCAGAAAAACCAGUAACCAGCUCGUGGUCAGACGAGGAAACCCUAGCGCUCAUCGAUAUCUGGGGCGAAGAAGAUGUUCAGAAGGCGCUGAGGGGUUUCGUGCACAACGGGCACGUUUAUGCUGAGAUCUCGGAGAGAAUGCAAGACCUCGGCUUUUCCAAAACCUCAGAGCAGUGCCGCUGGAAAGUCAAAUCGCUGAGGAUCAACUUUCGGCAGUGUUACGACAGGAAGAAAUGUGGAAGAAAAGUUGAUUAUAAGUUCUACCACCAGCUGGAGCAAAUACUGGGACAGGAGGCCAUUUCUCUUGACGAGUAUGAUGACAAAGAUGAACAAGAAGACCAAGAUCCAGGACUUGCAGAUGGUGUGAACUCCCCGUGGACAGAGGAGGAGACGGUUGCUCUCAUUGAGGUGUGGGCUGCUGACAGCGUGCAGCACAGCCUAAAGACCUGCGUCCGUAAUGGGCACGUUUAUGCAGAGAUAUCGGAGAAAAUGGCCACCAUAGGCUACCUGAGAACAGCGGAGCAGUGCCAGACUCGGAUCAAAAGGUUGAAAAAGGCUUAUCGGCGUAACUGUAACAACCGGAGAAAUGGAGGACGACCAGCAGUGUUUCGAUACUUUAACCUUCUUGCCCCCGUGCUCGGUGAUCAUGCUAUGUUAGCGGAUGUGGACAGCACCGUGGCUGAUGCCAACGUAGAACCAUUUAUGGACAGCGAUCCUGUUUUGUCUCUUGUUUUAGACGAGCAACCUUCAACCAGCCACCUCCUUACCGACAUGAGCAGAAAGACGCCCUGGUCGGAGCUGGAGACUCGCACACUGCUGGAAAUCUGGGGUGAAGACGACGUCCAGCUCACCCUGAGGGGCUGCCUGAAGAACCGGCAUGUGUUUGAGUACAUCUCAGAGAAGAUGAGCAGCCAUGGAUUUAUAAGGACCACAGAGCAGUGCUACACCCGCAUUAAGCGCCUUAAAUAUGGCUUCGUCCAUGAAAAGGAAGAAUUUAAGUUCUUCAACGAAAUGGACAAAAUCUUCAGGAAAGACCUGAAAGUGGAGAACUCAGUCGAAGACACGCCAGUCCCAGAGGAAGUUGAUGACUGUGCUCCUGACCUGGACCAAAUGAAAAGCUCCUCUGUCUUGCUCGCCGCUGGUAACCAGUGGGUGGCUGACAGCUCUAAGCUAACUUGGGGGGAUGAAGAGACCGAGGCCCUUCUGGACAUUUGGGGGAGCGAGGACAUCCAGGAGAACUUGAAGAGCAGCACUAAGAACAAACGCAUCUACACCCAGAUCUCUCAGGUCAUGGCCAGCCAGGGAUACCUGCGCACUCCUGAACAAUGUCAGUCCAGGAUAAAAAGGCUGAGGGCCAACUUCAGACACUUUCUAGAAGGCAGACAAGGAGAGAAACAGGAGUGCAAGUUCUUCGACCAGAUGGUGCAGAUAUUUGGGAACAAGUAUGUAAUGAACUCCAAUCCAUCGCCUGAUGAUGCAACUGAAGUCAUAGAGUCAUGAAAUCACCCAUCUUCAAGAUGACACAGCAGCCAGAGACAAACAAGGAUCCUCAAGGGAACCAAAACAAGGACAUUAAUGCUGUGAUAUUUACUGCUGUUUGUUUGUUUACCUUUGACAGAAGAGGGCUGGUCCAAGCUCUCUGUAUAUAGUUCCAAUACUUUUCAAUCUUCAGGUUGAAAUGUUGUGUGUUUGUGUGUGUGUCCCUCAACUAGAGUGUUUUGUGAUUAUUAAUAACAGAGCCAUGACACAGGAUGCUCAGGAUUUGAGGGACAGAUAUGAGUGAAGGCCACACUAAAUGCAGUCCUCUUCCACAAGAACAUGUUUUUUUUCUAGUGAUUUAUCUUUUUUUUUACUUAAACUUUAAGUGAGUGACUCAGCGUUCAUGCAAGUAGAAAUACAGACAAGUCCUCUGUUACAGUGACCACAGCCUUGCUUUUAUUUUUUUGGUCUUAAUUCAUGUCUUAAUCAUGAAACCUGCGUGUUGAAAGGUGAAUUAUUUAAGCUCAUUUUAAUCCUGUAUCCAGUGUGAGUUAGUUGUGUCCAGAAUUUAAUUUAUUUAAAUUAUCUAUGUAUGUUUUCCAAAGUUUUUGGUAUUUAAUGUAAUACAUUUCAAACGUUAAUGAAAGUUAUUUGUGCCACAAACUUGUCGAGGUUUUUUCGUAUCCAUUAAAAGCAACUUGAAACGUGCAA